ACACAAGCAGACAAUCUUUUAUUGUCCCGUGACCGACCAUGGGUACUAAGAGAAAGCAGAACGCUGAUACUGAAAAGCCUGCUGGGAAUCUUUCGGAGAAAAGACAAAAGAAAGCCCAUCAAAAUGGCCACGCAGAAUCUUCAGCCCGGCCAGCUGUGAAUGGAUCAGCAGCGCCAGGGAAGAAGAAGUCGGUUUACUCGGAAGCUGACGCGGAGCUAGCGAAUCUACUUGACAAUCUGGCAUCUGAAGAUUCAGAGACACGUCUGAAAGCUGCCAAGGAUUUGUUACGACUAGUUGAUACGAAGACUCAAAACGAUAACGCACUCAUAGAGAAGGUCCUACGGCGAUUGACGAGAGGACUGGGUAGCAAUAGAAAAUCUGCCCGCAUUGGUUUCUCGCUCGUUCUGACGGAAUUGGUGUCACAACUUUAUGGGUCCGUGGAAACUACGCAGGCUGAAGUGCCUUGGAAUCUUAGCGAAUUCAUUCGCUUUGUCGUAAAUCAGACAAGCCCAACUGGAGAUGGAGAGAACAAGGAAGAAAAACAGUCUCUUCUUCUAGGCCAAGCGUUCGGCCUCUCAGCAAUUCUGCAAUCCUCCGCGGCCAUCUCUUUGGAGCACUGGUCAGCGAUAUUGGAAUAUGCGUUUGAGAUUGCAAAGACUACUCCGAAUCUUCGCGAAAAUGCGGGUCUGAUGCUCUGUGAUGCUGCAAAGAACUUCGACAAAGUGAAGGACCCGAGCCCGUACAUUCAGAAACUAAUGGAAGGUAUGAACGCGAAUGAUAUGCUCAAGACGCCUGAGGGUGUUGCGAUAUGGAUAGCGUAUAAGUCAAAGUUUGGCGAUUCCGAAUUGCCACCGAAUAUUUGGCAUGAGAAUGAUCCCCUCUGCUCCAAGGAGCGACACACACUAGCUCAAGUUAUGCGCGAAAACUUCAAAGACACUGUCGAAAAAGUCUCUGCCAAUGGAAGUCAAAAGAAGACCCAAUCUGGAUACGCACGAUCUGCACCUAGCUUCGCCUGGGACGUCGUGCUGAUGUCUGCAUUGAGCGUCAUGGACGAGGUAGAGUUCAAAAAGUUCUGGAAACAAAUCGUAGAUCAGAACAUGUUCACAAAUACUUCGACACCUAAACGAAAGUCCUGUGGUCUACAGAUAUUCAUGAACAUGCUCAAGACAGCGCCAGUGUCAUCUCUUAAGGCGAUCUUCAGUCCCAAUCUUAUGCGUUGUAUCAUCAACCAGUGCCAGGAGCCUGACAGGAUGUUACACGCCGCUGCAAAAUCAGCACUGAAGGAAGUGUCCUCAAGAGUGCAUAGGGAGCCCGAGUCUGCCCGCAUUAUUGUACCUGAAUUGAUGACACACAACGGAUCUUUGGAUUUCGACAGAGUGACCAAGUCCAAGACCGUUGAAAACUGUCUCAAGCAUGCAGACCAUGGCACUUUGUCCGAGACCACGGAAUUUCUGGAGUCGAAAAUUGUAAAGCCGGCUGCAGAGGAAGCAACAGAGGCUGAAACACAACGCCAUAUUGCCGGAGACUUGCUGCUGAACAUCAUUCGGCAACGAACGAAGCCGGACUUUGAAGAAGUUGAGCCUAUGGACUCGUGGUAUCUCAAGACCCUUCAAGUGUUGGCAAAGUUUGCGUACUUUCGACCGAGUGAAACUGCCACAAAGCAUCUGCCGUCACCACCACUCGUGGAUGCUGACCGUUCUCUGUUGAAGGACAGAACAUUGUCAUGCUUGACACAUCUGAUCUCUCAGGGGGUCACUAAUGUUGGGACGAUAGCUUUCCAACUCGUUGCAUUCAUCUCGCGCACAGCAGAGGAUGAGAAACAGGAGUUCAUCUUUCAGGCGAGCAAAGAUAUCACAAAGAGUCUGAAGAAGGCUCACAAGAUGCUGAAAAAUAUCGACAAAGAAAGCCGUAAGGCGAAAGGAGGGGCUUCAGCCAGCAGUCUCAAUGCGUUGAAGCUUCUUGGAUCGAUGUCAGUACUGCAAGUGUACAACGGCGAUCCCGACGCUGUAUCGAUAUUGGACGAACUUAAACAGUGUUACGAGUCUAUAACAGAAGGUGCCAACGCGACCUCGGAUGGAUUCGAUGUGCUCUUCGAGCUCAUACUCAGCUUUGCCGCGCGCCCAUCCGCCCUAUCACGCAGUCUGUCCGAACAAGUCUUCUCUGCCUUUGCGGCAGACCUAACCCCCCAGUCCCUUGCAUCCAUGACCGCCAUCCUCGACACCAGCGAGACUGUCAGCGGCCAGAAAGAGCUCUUCCAGCAAGACGCAUCCGACAUGGACGACGAAGCCUCAGAUUCCGACGCCGCCUCUAUCGAUGGUGCCGCCGCCUCCGAUGUCGAAAUGCUCUCCGACAACGACGACGCCCAAUCCUCCGACUCCGCCGUCUCCGCCUCUGACGACGACGACGACAACGAAGACGAAGCCGCCGAAUUCAACCGCAAAUUCGCCCUCGCCCUCGGCACAACCCCCUUCGACCCCAACCGCUCACGCUCCGCAUCCCCAGCCUCCUCAGCAUCCUCCCUCGACUCAGACGCCAUGCUCGCCACCGACGCCGCCCUCAGCUCCAUCUUCGCCCAGCGCGCCAAAGCAGCCGGCCCAACAGCCAAACCCGCCCGCCAACGCCGCGACGCCCGCGCCACAGUCCUCAACUUCAAAAACCGCGUCCUCGACCUCCUCCUCCUCUUCGUCAAGCGCGAACGCAGCAGCCCGCUCGCCCUCGCCCUCAUCCCCUCCCUCCUCCGCUGCAUCCGCUCCACGAGCAGCCCCCAGCUCAGCAACAAAGCCUUCACCCUUCUCAAGACCUAUGCCGACGGCGCGAAAGGCCGCAACCAGCCCGUCGUCGACACCCAAGACGCCAAAGCAGGCUUACUCGCCGUCCACGCCGCGGUCCGCCGACCUGGUGACGCUGGCGCCGGCGUCGCUGCCCGCUGGCUCAAGGCGUGUAGUCUCGCCAGUCUGCUGUUUUGCCGCUUGUUGGUCGCCAAGGGCGUGCAGUUUCGCGAGGAGGUUGCGAUGGUGUACUUGCAGACUAUGCUGCAGGGGAAGCCCCGCGUGGCGCCGAGUUUCUAUCAUGAGUUUGAUAACUGGAUGCUGAGUCUUGAGGUUGUCGUGUGAGUUGGGGUGAGGGAGGGGGGGCUGGAAUUUGCUCUGGCACGCAGAGUAAGGCAAGGCAAGGCAAGGCAAGGCAAGGCAAGGCAGGGCAAGGCAAGCAAGCAAGUGAGUUAGUGAGUGAAUAAGUGUCUAGGGGGGUGGGAGAAUGGUUGGUUCAUGCAUGUACAGUUAUAUCUCAAGUUGUUAGAAAAAGUGAGAGCAUGUGAUGUCCGUCCGUGCAGAUCUGUAAUCAUAGCAAACCUACAAAUCUUGUCUUCACUCCGCACAAUUAGCGGUUUUGUUGGUUGAUUACAGGAUGUGUGGCUAGCUUUGCUGUGCGAUCUACCCGUUUCACAAAGUCAGUCGUAAGAUGUUUAAUAGCCCGCAAGUUCAGUUCCGUUCAGCUUGCAUAGCUAUUCUAACCAUCAUGG